AUGACACUGGGUGGCUUUUGGCCACAGGACACCCCUGGACCAGCUGACAUGUGGAAAAAGGCGCUCGAUGAGUUGUGCGAUGACGGAGGAUGCGACAUCACGCGGACGAGCACGCCAGUCCGGAUCAGGGCUCGUGUACCGGCUCCCCCUGCAAUUUCUGGCAACUUCAUUUUGAGGGACCUCGACCUCGCUAUCAAGAUCGAGCAAAUGCAAAGUCCGGGGCAAAAAGGAUGGAAACCGUACCUUCAAAGUGUGAUCGCUGAGUAUGCUCGCGAGUGCAGCUAUUGGAGCUGGGACGAAUACUACGAAUACGACCCCGAGGGCCAAGUCAAGGUGGGACCGGUCACCCACGAGUCAUACGUCUCGGCGAAUGACUGGUUUGUCACGACUCCUGCCGGCUGGGAGCUCAAGGUCCUCGCUUAUACCCCGCUACCCAACGGUGAUCUUUUCCCCAAUCCUGAUGGGUCGAUCCAAGCUCGCAUCGUCGCCGAGUUUCCUGACGAUGGCACCAACCUACUAUGCGGGAUUCUAGGCGGUGUCACACCAAUUGUGGCGGAUUUCGUGCCACCUUUGGGGGGGUUCAUCACAAAUCUUCUCGGGAUCGGUUGCAAGUGA